AUGGCAGAAGUCCGUGAAAGUGUGGAGAUGACGGAUGCAUCGCAAGUUGGCACCAUUGUGGAUGCAGCCCGUAAUGACGAUGGCCGCGAGGAAGAGGACGAGGAAGAAGAAGAAGAAUUGACGCCUCUAGAGUUCGCGCGCCUUCAAGGCAUUACACAAAACCAUCUUACCGAUACUUCAGCUUCCGACCAUAUCGAUGAACUGAAAGGGCAGGUCGGCGACAUUGUCCUCACGGACGACACUCAUCUUCCGCCCCUGGCAUUCGGUCCCAUCCCAGAACCAAAGGACCCAUUUUACGCGUCCAGAGAGGCUCUUGAGUAUCUGCAAGCAUUCCAGCAAGACAUGAAUCCUGAUGCAAUUGAAGCAAUCAUGGACCCAAUGCUCACUCCGAUGAAGAUCAGGUCUCUCCAUGUCGAACUGCCAUUACUAAGAAGCGACCACGAAACGGACUGCGUCGAGUUUUCUCGAAGAGAGGGAUUCGAGGUCAAAUUGCAGGAUAUCAACUUCCCCUUGGAAAUCGUUGACGAGGAGAAUGGCGAAGGUCUUUCAAUUCCGUCAAAGUAUCUGGAAAUAGGCCACCAGAUCGUGGAAGACAUUAAGAAGGAGAAGCUUGUUUGCUCAAAGGAGACUAUAGCAUACCUGUCAGAUGUGUUGAAUGCUUCUUGGGACGAAGAGGACGAGGAUAAACUAUGGGCGGAGGAACAAACCUAUCAACGAGUUUGUUUUUGACCAUUUCCUCUUUCCUGCGUGCUUUUAACUAGAAAAACCAAGACUAACAUCUUUUCGCAGAAGACGAUGACGCACCCCUUCGAGCCGGUAACACCACCUCUCCUACCACUUUCUCCUCCUCCAACUAGAUAUGAACCUUCUUCAUCUUCUCCAACAUUCAUACUUCCUCUAGAGGCAGAAACCAAUUCUAUGAUCACACAAGAUCUCAAGGCCCUGGAGAAGGAUAUCAUGAAGAAAGAUCUUCCAUCCCCGUUUCGAAACCUCUGGGAAGGCCCUCGACCCUCAGAAGCGGAGCUAGAAAAGUUGGAGGAGGUCUUCUUGCCACUCCUCGGAAGUACUACAACAACUCCUCCAAUGCCACCAAGAUUCAAAUCAGAAGACCACAAAGUCGAGGAGAUUCUAACACCACAGAAUCAACCGGCAGGAGUGAAGGGGGUUCGGUUCAGUGACCAUAUUGAGGUUAUGAAUGAUCAUCUAGAGUCCAUGCUACUCGACGAACAUAUCCCUUCAGACAAGACCGAGGAGAUAAAAGAGGUACUGCAGCGUAACUUCGGGGAAGCACACAAGACCGCCACUCGCAAGUCUGAGCAAGAAAAUUUGAUUGGGGCAGACAGUACCGCUCGUGUUGACAUACGUAUUAUGCCUUCAGUAACUCCUGUGGCUCCUUGGGCAGCUUUGCAACAGUGCUCAAAUGCGACUCAACUACUUGAUCUACAGAAGCAAAUGCUGAGCUUGACUGUCGGACGUCUGCCAACUUGGAAGGUGAAGAACGAUACAGUUCUAUGGGUGCCAUUUCCUCAUAAGGUCGCCCAAGUACAAAUGCAACAAGAUCCUCCUCCCUGCAAUGAUAAAUUAUGGCAGGAUAUUGUUGGAUCAGAUACGGAAGAAGUGAUGGAUAGUUCUGGCUUGACUUGGAAACCUCCAGGUCUACGAAUCUUGCGCGUCGAUGAGGAUGAGGACGACGACGACGAAAUAGAGCCAGCCAUAUUCAAGAAAGACAAGCCUAAAGAUAUCGCAGCGCUUGUCAAGAAGCGAAAAAAGGAGCUUGAAGAAGAUGAAAUAGGAAGGUAUAUAGGUAGUCGAGGGAGAUUAUUGUCGCUAAACCAAGGUCUCAAUAGUGCCCAGGCAAUACCAAGACCUCCUUCUCGCCCAAAGGCACCUGCGCCUGGAAGCGAAUUAGUGUCAGCAGCACGAAAAUCAAAGUUCGACUCUGUCCUUGAAAAUGAAACGGACAUGCUGUUGGGUGGUACCUUCUCUGCUGGGAAUCUCAUUGAGAACUUCAAAGAACUGCGUGGAGUCAAGAAGGCAAAGCUCCACGAAGGCUCCUACUUUGAAGACACUCUUAACAAUAAAGUCCCAAACUCAAAACAGGCAGGUGCAGAGGAGCCCGACCAAGUCCAAUUGCCCUUCCGAACGACUCCUAUUCCCAUCCCAACAGUAACUCCUCUCCCCGCUCCUUCCUUAUCUCCCCAAAGCACACCAAUCAGUAUCAUAGUCUCGUCCACUCUUCUGAAACAUCGAAUUCUAAUCCGACAUCUCGAAUCGCUUCUUCCUUCCUUGACACUUGUCGAACGUGACUUCUCGGCUCACAACACAACAACAUGGAUACCAGGAUCCGUGACUCGCUCGCCAAUAACUUCCCCCUUGGACUCGGAGGCUGAUCUUGUUAUUUCCCCCUCGACUGGCAUCCUCAUAACGAGCUUCCAAAAAGUCAAACAACAACUCUUGCCCGGACAAAAAGGCAAGACGGCAAUACAAAGUCGCCUUUGUAAAGUGAGCGUCCGCUAUGAGAAGCUCCUCGUCCUCGUCACAGAAGAACAGAAAGACGAAACUACAAAUGGACUCGAUAAGAAUGAUUGCAUUGCUUUCACCGAGUUCAUCGGUUUCGCUUCGGGUCUCCCGACUGCAAUUACUGUGCAGUUUGUCGCUGGCGGGGAGGAGAGUCUUGCAAAGUGGGUUGCGAGUUUGAUUGUACAGCAUAGGAUUCCUAACGGAGCGGACCUUCUACCUGAUGAGACGUAUUGGGAGUUGUUCCUUAGAAGAGCUGGAUUAAAUGCUUAUGCUGCGCAGCAAAUUGUUUUCAGCUUGAAACCGCCAAUUGGCGUGGAUGGAUUGAAUCCUACAAAGGCUGGUCAUUUUGGCCUAGCGGCAUUUGUGGAGAUGGGUAGGGAGAAUAGGCUUGCCAGAUUUGGACCUCUAUGUGGUAGGCAAGUUGUGGAGAGAGUUAGUGAUGUUGUUGAUGGCAUUUGGCAAUGA